AUGUUAGCUCAAGGGAUGUAUUAAGAUUCUAAAAUAAAAAAAGUACAGUUAUAGGGAGGUAGAAUGAAUUGGCCGAUGGCAGUAAGAGCGAAAAAAUCCUGAGGUAAGCAACAACGCAUCAAAUUAAAUAUCCUGACUCAAUUGCAGACUUAUAAAACUACCUUCCACUCUUAUGGGUACAAUUUGAAUUAUUGGAGCAAAUAAAAAAUGGAAGGCAUACUUAUUGUGCAUUUUCUUACCAAAUAUAGAAAUUCAUUUCUAAACAUCCGCCGCAAGGAUUAGAAGACAUUACUUAAGCAGUACAAUCUCUGUAAGAACCAUCUAGCAAACUUUUUAAGAAAAGUAUAAAUUUUUGGAUAUCCGAUAGACAUAACCGAGUACCUGAUUGUUACAGUAUUGCUAAAGUUUAAAGUAUAAAUUUCAUGUAUAUUUUAGAGUCAAAAUAAUAUCUAUCACUUGAGGGGUUACAUACUCGUAAAAAAUUAUCCAAGAACUCUUGGUAUUAAAGAUGAAUCGAAAGAGAAUAUGCGUGUUUAUCUAAGCAGGACAAUUAGUAUUAGGAGAUGGGAGAUAUUAUAUAUUUUGCUUCGCAACAACACUGUAUCCAUCAAAAAAUAAUAACCUGAAGCGCAUACCUUCACACAUUAAUCAUGUCUAUCGAUACUAUUUUUUUACGGAAUCAUAAAUAAGAAUCACAUGAGUAAACUAUUCCAGGAAAAAGGGGAUCAGAUCCAAAAUUAGUACAAGUUUACAGAAUGAAAAAGGUAAGAAUUACAUUAUUACAGAGUUCUGAAGGAGACAUCAUAAAAUCCUCUGUUGUUUUAACCAAGCAAUACGUUAUUCAUAAAGAUUUCCACUGCUUAUGAGCAAAGGUAAGUCUAGUUUGCAGGAUUUAACUCUUUGUGGAUUUAAUUUUAAUGUUGCAGUUCUCAUGGGAAAAAUUGUAUAUGCAAUAAUAAGAAAACUUAAAAUUUGAACCAGAUAUUAAAUAUUUUGGAAUUAAGACUUUAGUUGAAUUCGUAAAGUGGACACAUGAUAGCUACCAUAAGACAGAAGUAAAAUUAUUGAAGACUCAUAAAUAUAUGUGAAUAGAACUUAUUAUGCAUAGUUCUGGUAGCCGAACACUUGCAUUUUUGUUAUUCUCUCAAAGAUUAAAUAUCACUUCGAAUUGCUACAAGUAACAAAAGAGAAAGGUGCAAGCUCAAAUGUACUAUCUAACAGAAGUAGAAACGCAAUUACAAAAUGUAAUAAGGCUUGCUUAACUAGAAGAGUUUAGGUAUAUAUUAUAAAGGAUAGCAGGGGUGUUUAGAAUCAAUAGGUGAUGCAGCAGAUAUUGAUUCUGAAAGUAAGGUCCUAGAUAUAAGCAAAAAUGCAAGUGCAUUAUAUUUAUUUUAAAUAAAAUUUAAAAAGAAAAUGAUAAACUCUAACUGAGGAUAAAGAAAAUAAAUAGUCCUGCAAUGGUUAAUAGAAAUAAAAUUCAGGGAGAGAGAAUGAACAAUUAUCUUAUCAUUUUCAGCAUCAAUACAUAUUUUACAGGAUGGAGGGAAUGUGAUAAACAGUCUCUUUUAGUCUAGCUAUCAAAUCAUAUGAUUUCUUACAAGAACAAUUUGGUUCUUGAAGUACACAAGUUAUAGUUGCAAGUCUUGCUGAACCUUUUCUUACUAGUCAAGACAUUCUAAAUAAGAGGCUUGGACAUAAAGAUAAGAUUGUAAUCUCCAUGAUU